AUGUGCGACAGUGAGUGUGUUCCAGCCCCACCGGGGCCCACCAAUGGUUUGCCAGCGUUGGCACCGUGCGAUCCUGCGAACGGGAUCGUGGAGGCUAUCAACCCGGCCGUACAGCUGGCCACGUCCCUGUCGGCCCACUCGAUCCAGCAUGCAGUGGCACCGAUGCAACAGGAUGGACAGGCCACCGGUACCGGGGGUUCCGAGUACAUUUCAGCCCAGGAGCUGGAGCUCGAGAACCACUGGUUGCGGGAGAAGCUGAAGGAAAUCACAGCCGACCGGGAUCGGCUGCUGUGCGAGGUCGCCAACCUGCGUCUCGAGCUCGAUAUGGCCGAACUGAAGCGGCUUCCAGAACACAGGUGA